ACGACAUCCUGAGUUGAAAGUUCAACCUGCUCACAUGCGUGUUUUAGAGGAGUAGCCGUGACUCUCUGUGCAGUAUGUGUCCAGUUUUAAUAUGAAAUUACUUUUAGUCGUUACUGUUGCGUGUUUAUCCGUCGGCUUCUUCGUGGGGCGAGUAUGUCCGUGAACGCAUCAAAGCACGAGCUGAUCCAGCUGAUCUACCGCCAUUUGAAGGAGCAUGGUUUCCACUCAGCUGCAGAUGAGCUACAGAGGCACAACCCACAGGGGGAGACGAGCAUAUCUAACCCUAACUCCUCAUUACUGGAUAUCUACAGUUCCUGGUUAAAGGACGGGAAAAAGAAAAGGCAGCCUGGCUCGGCCAACACUCCAGCUAAGGCCACGGCAAGGAAAAAGAAGGAUAAACCUGCAAAAAAAUCAGAAACACCAAAAAAGAAGUCUGUGCCAGCGAAAAGGAAAAAAAGUGAAGUUAAGCCUGCAAAAAAUGCGAAGAAAUCAAAGACCCAAACAACUGCUGGAGGAGAUGAUUCAGACUCUGACAGCAGUUUGGAUGUAGAGAAAUGGAAGAAACUGGUCCUGCAAAUGACAGAGGCUGACGUAGCCAAGAUGGACACCAUCGAUGCUCUGGACUCCUCUGCGCCACCGCCCGCGAAAAAAAGAGUGAGGAAACCCCGGGCUAAGCCUGCCGCAAAGACAGACACUCCUGUUAAACAGAAAAGGGCAACGGCUGCAAAGAAAGGAAAAGUGGAGGAGAAAACCAUGACGGAAACACCAACAAAGACUGCUAGACCUAAGAAGAGCAUGCCAGAAAAGACGGCACCUGUGACCUCCUCGGCCACCCCGAGCCAAGAGCAAAACAUCAACACUGUAGAGGAAAGACCAGCUGUCUCCCCAUCAAAACAAACACCAACGAAAGAGAAAAGGAAAGCUGUGACUCCCAGUGAAGACAGAACUGAUGAGACCUCGUCUGAGCCCAAGAAAAAGAAGAAGAAAAAGGAGACGACUGAAGAGAAGGUGGAAGAAAACACAAAUGAAACUGGUGAUGUUGGAAAAGGCAAAGAGGAAGAGAAAAAGAAGGAUGACAUCACAGUGUUUGGUGAUAAACCUGCGGAGGACAAGAAAAGGACAAGAAAAGGGUCAAAAGGAGAUGGCAAGCAGAAUGAGACUGAAGAAGAAAUGAUAGAGAAAAACAACAUUGGGAACGUUGAUAACAAAGAUAUUACAGAGCCAAUAGUGCCCGAAAAGAAAUCCAAGAAGAAGAUAAAGGAUAAAACUGAUGGUGAGGAAAAUUCAGAGCAGAUAGUGGAAGAAAAGAAAGCAAAGAAGAAAAAGAAACCUGACAGCGAGGAAAAAUCAGAGCAGAAAGUCGAAGAAGACAAAGAAGAUUCAGCAGAGCAGAUAGCUGAAAACGUAACAGAAAAUACAGAGCCAGUAGUUGAGAGAAAGAAAUCAAAGAAAAAGAAAAAGGAGAAAACUUGUGGUGAAGAAAAUUCCGAGCAAACAGCUGAAGAAAAGAAAAUAAAGAAGAAAAAAAAGACAGCUGAUAGUGAGGAAAAUUUAGAGCAGGUGGCUGAACCAGUUGAAGAAAAUACAGAGCAGAUAGUUGAAGAAAAGAAAGUAAAGAAGAAGAAAAAGACAGCUGAUAGUGAGGAAAAUUUAGAGCAGGUGGCUGAACCGAUCGAAGAAAAUACAGAGCAGAUAGUUGAAGAAAAGAAAGCAAAGAAAAAGAAAAAGGAGAAAACUGAUUGUGAGGAAAGUUCAGAGGAAACCGUAAAAGAAAAGAAAAAGAAAAAAAAGGACAAAGCCGAUCAUAAUGAGGAGACGUCGGAACAGGUGGAAGAAAACGCGACGACAAAUAAACCCGAGAGCAGUGACGGAGAAGAAAAGCCGGAGCAGGUUACUGAAGUGAAAAAGAAAAAGAAGAAAAAGGACUCAUCAUUGAAAAAUGAUUCAGUUGAUACAGAACCACUACCUCCACCUGACACACCGACUCCUCAGACAGAGAAGAAGAAAAAGAAAAUCAAGUUGAAAUCUGAUGACAUCUCAGAAACAUCAGCAGUUUCUGCCCAAGACGCCACGGCAACAGAAACCCUCCAAACACCCUCAAGUGACGCCCAGAAAAAGAAAAAGAAAUCCUCCAAGAGCACCGAGUCAUGAAGACGCCGAACCGAAGGAUGAAGACAACGCAUCCUUUUUCCAUCCGAUGUCGAAUCAUAUUUUAAUGGUUACAAAGAUCGCUUAAAACUGUAAAGAGAAAAUUACUUUUUUAUUUUGGUACUUUCAACUUUUUCAUUUGUUUUAUGUUUUUACUCUUUUACUAUGCCACAGCUGUUAUUUUUUUAUUUUAUAUGAUAUUGCCAUUUUAAUGGCAUGAAUAUGUAAAAGGGAUUUUUACCUGAUUGUUUGAUGGAUGGAUGAUCCCUCUCAUGAUAUUUCUCUUCAAAGGGUAAUUCCGUCAUUAAUUGAAAAGAAAAAUGUCUCUCUUGAACACAUUUCAAAUUUCAUAAACACUUACAGUCUCAGGAAUUCAUCCCACGAUAGUCCGACAUCUUAAAGGUCCAGUGUGUAGGAUUUUUGGCAUCUAGCAGUGUAGUUGUAGCUUUAAACUCCCUCGCUUCAUCAACCCUUUCCAAGUGCCCUAUCUAGAGCCAGUGUUUGUCGAUACUGUAGAAAUAUGGCCGUUCAACAUGACGGCCUUCUCGGAAGGCAACGUGAAACAUCUAUAGAUAAAAACUCAUUCUAAAGUAACAAAAACUCAUUUUCAGCAGAUUGUAUAGUAAUGAAAACAUUAGUAUUAAUAUAGUAUAGCCUACUAUUCUGCUAUUAGAUCCUCAUAAAUGUUACAAACUGGACCUUUAUUUGUUUUCAGUAUACGCCUCCUAACUCCACUCUUCUGGAGAGAAAAAAACAAAUAGUUUUAUAUUUAUUCAAUAAAUAAUGGGAAACAGUUUUAAACACCUAUUUUGGCAUUGGGUCAAAGUCCUAUGGUUGUGAAAAAAUGUUUUUUUAAAUAAAAGUUUAAAAUGUUUGAUAAAUAUUUGAUAUAUGCAUUGUAAAUUGUGCUUUUAAUACAAAUUAAACCAUAGUUUUUUGUAAAUCCUG